AUGCCUGAGGUCGUUCCAAGUAGAGUUGUUAGCUUUACGAGUGAAGAUAAAGCUUUUCCUGCAUCCAACCUUUUAAAAGGGUCGUCAUUCUCAAAAUGGUGUUGUGUAAGUGGUGGAAGCAGGCAAGAAGCUGUAGAAUUGAGUUUUUCCGAACCUAUUGAAAUUUCACGUUUAGAUAUUGGGAAUAAUGGUUCUGCCUUUAUCGAAGUGCUGGUGCGAAGAUCUGCUUCAUCGGAUGACUCAUCGGUACUCCUGCCAUCCUCUUCUUUUAUGUCUCCAGUAGAUGCAAAAAACGAAACGAACCUUAACCGUGUCCGGGUAUUUAGUGGUGAUCAGUUUAUAAAAUCUAUAGCUUGCCAGAAAUGGGAUCUAGUCAAAUUUGUUUGCUCGCAACCGUUUAACAAAACUUUACAAUAUGGCAUUUCUUUCGUUUUCUUUCAUACUCCAGCUAAUGCGAAUCCAGCAGCCGACGAUAAAAACAUUAAAGUAGAUAGCUUACUGAAUGACGACGAAUCAGACUCAACUCAAUUCAAACCAGGUUCACUCUUUCAGGCUUCACGCCAGACAUCUUGUGAUAAAGACAAUUCACAGCCCAAGUCCUCAAUUUCAGAUAAAUUAAAUGCUUUGAAACAUUCAUCUAAUUUAAUUCAGAACGCGAAUACGUCAAGUUCAUUACUUGUGAGUCGACCAGACGAUCAUCAUAGUUCCUCUAAAGCCAGUACCAGUUCUCACCAGUCUCACUCAAGACCUUCUCCCACCAACACAGGCAUAAUACGUUCUUCACAGUCUUCUCGCAUAUCAAAGAACAAAGAAGAAUACAAACAAUCAAAAACAUCCCAUUCAACCCAAAAACCUUUAUCAAAUGUUAUUCUGACUUUGAGUGGUUAUCAAAAUCCUUUAAGAAGUCAAAUCAGAGACAAAGCCCUGGAACUUGGUGCCAAGUACAGACAAGAUUGGGGUCCAGAUUGUACACAUUUGAUCUGUGCAUUUCCAAACACACCUAAAUUCAAUCUAGUUAAAGGUAAAGGUAUAAUUGUUUCCGAUAAAUGGAUUACACAAUGCUACGAAACUAAAAGUAAUGUACCUUGGCGUAGCUAUAGAGUUGGACGUGCACCUAGUCCACCAAAUACUGCAACUCUAUCUUCUACAUUAAAUCAGUCUUUAAAUGAUGAUGAUGAUGAUGACGAUGGUCAGUCUCCGAAAUCCAAAUCAUCAGUUCAUAAAACUAAUCUUAGACUACGAGGAAAGAAAAAAUCAGAUGAUGACGACUGGCAACCAGGUUCUUCUGAUGAAGAAGCAGAUAAUGAUGACGACGAUGACGAAUUCCAGGAGACUGACGAAGACGAAGAUAAUGGAGAAGAAGAGGGAAGUGAUGAGGACUUAUCUGAUGAAUCGAAUCGAAGAAGAAAGCGUAAAUCAAAAACUAACAGUAAGAACCUACAAAAACGACCCCGCUCCACUACUAACGAUGGUUCUAAUGCCAAAAAAACUGUGACUGCUAACGAUCCAGAAGAUGAAAAUACAGAUGAUGAAAUUCAAAGAGUCAUGACAUCGAGUCGUAAUCAGUUGUCGGUCGUUCAUGAAGAUGAGGAUGAGGAAACUAUUAAAGAAUCACUUAUGAACAGUCUUCCCGAUAUAUUUAUGAAUAAACACUUCUUUAUUCAUAACAAAUCAAUUCCUGAUGACGAAGAAUCUUUAAUUAAACGAUUAAUUGUUGCGUUUGCUGGGACACUGCACCAGUAUAUGAGUGAUGAAGUCGAAUACGUUAUAACAAGGUCCGCUUGGGAUGUCGAGUUUGAUAAUGUUUAAUAUCGAAGAAACAGUUUGUCAGUAAUAAGCAACUUAAAACGUGACAUAUAGAUGCAUCGGUUCAAGCUAUCAUACCAUAUCAACUCAGUAAAAUGAAAUCAUCAAGAUAGAGUACCAGUGUGGUGUUUCCUACUUAUGCUAACAGACAUAAGUAGUAUAUAACACCAAUUGGGAGUGAAAUGCCUCGCAGCAGAAAAUUGCAAUCAGGAGAACAGGAAGACAAUCGAAGAGAAAUCGAAAUACCAACAAAAUCAGAGGAAUAAUGGAAUAUGUAAAGGAUAACAAAAAGAAAAUGUACAAAUGAUGUAUUUAAUGUAUGAUUUUCAUAUUUCACUAAGCCACUUUGUGAUUUUGCAUUAAACAAAAAAUUGAUUUUCCCUACUGGAGUUUUCGUUCACUACAUUAAUAGAAUUAGUAACAGCAUCAAUUGUAAUCGAGGCGAUCAGGCAUCGUAAAGAAUUUGAUCCGACAAACAAUGAAUUUCAAGAAUCAAAAAGUAAAAUAACUAAAUAUCAAGAUCUAAUAAAAGAUAAAGAAUCCUAAUACCUAAGAUUCAGUUCUUCCAUAGUACCUACAACUUACCUACAUCUUAAAUAAAAAAAAAAGCUUUUUGUAAUUAAAUAAGGUUUUAGGUCAUUGUUUAUUCUUUGUAACUUUAUUUCUUAACAAAUUCAAGGAUUUGUUCAAUAGAUCAGCAUUUAUUAUUAUUGACGU